CCACUAAUUCCCGUAGAUGAUCGUUCCAUUGAAUUAUUAUUUCAACGUACUUUCUUCUGUCUUGUUUCAUUUUUUAUUUUUUUUCUUUUUCUUUUUUUUUUUUUUUUUUUUGCUUUUUCUUCUUCUUUUUUCCUCUCAUUCGCGCUCGAUCAAGCAAUAAAACGUUACGUCAUUGUAAUAAUCGCUUCUUCUUCUUUUUUUUUUCUUUUUCUUUUUCUUUUUCUUUUUCUUUUUUUUUUCUUCCUUCCUUUUCUUCUCAACACCCAAUGUCGUUCGUUUUUCUGUAUAAAAUUUUUUCAACAGAUCGUCGUAUUGUUCCUGUAUUGGCCAAAUGCGAGGGGAGCCACUGACAAUGUCGUAUCACAGGAUGAAAAUAUCUACGAUCAAAUUGCCACAGCUUCGGAAAAUAUAAGGACUAUCGUUAAGACUCUCCCACCGCCGAUCGAUACUUCCAUUCAUUAUGAAAAUUCAAAUGGAUUUAUACCAAUGACACCGGCUAGUGUUGUUACAUCGAAAUAUCAACAAGGGAUUGAAUUUAUUCAAUCUACUACGUUUGAUCCUAUAAACGUGUUCGAUGAUCAAAAAGAAAAUUCUACGAUAUCGACGGUACUUAUUCAUAAAUAUAAUGGGAAUCUUUUGAAAAACAUUGAAAAGCUCGAAAAUGAUUUAGUUGAAUCACCGGAAGCAAGAAUAUUUCUCGAUUUACCUCAUUCAGGUACUAAUCGUAGAUCGUUUGAAUUUCAAGACGAUCAGAAUAUAUUUGAAUUGUUAAAGGUACAUAACGAUACACCGGCUGUAGCUAAUUAUAAUGAUUUUUAUGAUAAUAUAGAAGAUUUAAGCGACGUUGAUGAUACGAACGAGGAUGAAAAUUUAUCGAUGGUCAAUGAAAAUAAGAACGAUCGAAGAAAGAGAAUUGGUAGUUAUGCGACGAAUUAUGAUACCGUGAAUGAACAAAGUGCCAGCGCGGAGGAGGACGUUUAUGGUCGUUAUCAUUCUUAUGAUGCUGUAAAAGAUGAGAAAGGAACGAGUCAAAUGCCGGAGAAAGUAACGAGCAAUUACCAUCAGCGCAAUACCGUGAACUAUAACGGUCAUGGGCAGAGUACUACCAGGCAAAAAAUAACAGAGACAUCAGCGACCUCAUCAAGGACGAACUAUGAAGACAAUGAGUCGAAUAGAAAAAGUGGAAAUAAUUAUGAUAAUUUGGGAUCGUCCUUGAACGUUUCAAAAAAUCGACAUAAGUUUACGAAGCCAGUAGUGGUCGUUGAACCAAACCAUUAUCAGAUUGAAUUGAAUAUUGAUAAACAGUCAAGCAAUUCCCCGAGUACUCCAUCGACGGAAAAUCAUUUUAAAGAUUCCGAUUCUGUCGCUGCUGAAUCAUCGAAUAUGUACGGUAGAUAUCAUCAGGAAGCAAGAGGACGUAGUUACAUUCGCGAUGACUCCAAUGACGAUUCCAAUGAUAGCAUGGAUUAUAUGGAUUAUACCGAGAAACCUAUGAGAGUACAUAAAACCAAAAGACGACCUUACAACGUAGGAACAUCAAGAAGAUUACCGAAGGAACAUCGUACGAUGAUAGAAGACAGUAUGGAAUCGGAGAAUUAUAAAAAACGACCCAGUUCGACGAGAUUGAGAUCUCAUCGACAACGUCCACAGUCAACAACUUGGACCAAUGACAAUAAAAAUCGUAAUGAAGACGAUAGUAACGAGGAAAAAGUUCAUGAACCCAGAAUGCAUGUUUCCAGUUCACAGAUAAAACAACAAAAGACUCAGCAGCAAUUGAAAACAAGGCCUAAUAGUGGAUGGAGUCAAUUAGGGCCAAACAUUGAAAUCUCUCAUUCGAAUGGGAUCGAGAUUAGCCCAAUAGAAAAAUCAAAUCUCGUUAUACCAGUUGGCCUUAUGUCAAUAGCUAACUUUGAUCAUGCUACCGCACUUGGUAACAGUCAAGGAUUCGACGUUUCCAAUGUGCUUUAUCAAAAUAUUGUAACACCUACACCAAUUGGUACAAUUAACACAGCUACUACUCCUAUUAUUGGUUCGCAUCAAUCCACCGUAGGUCAGAACGUAGUGGCAACUUCAAACGUACCAAAAACUUUAACGAAUUUACCUAAUAUUCAAAACAUUGGAAUAUCUACGCCGAUACCGGAUAUCAUAGUUGGUCAAAACAGUUAUCAAAAUCCCACACAUACCGUGCUCGUUCCCCAAGCAAAUCUACCAAACAAAAUUUCGACAAAUUCAAAUGCUCAGUAUAUUUCCAGUACUAUAACUCCUAUCUUUGCUCUGACGACUAGACUGACUCCAACUUUGCAAAGUCUACGUGUUCAAAAUAUACCAAAUAACGUCACUCCUCGACCUGGGUUUGCUACUACGACUCCUAGUUCUAAUUUGCAACAAAUCACUGUGAAUCAAAUGCAACAAGGUAUUUCACAUUUGAUAGUUCCACAACCGACCGUUCAAACGUUAUCUAAUCUUCUUCAGGCACCAACACAGACCAAUACUGAAUAUAACAUCCAAGUUAAUCCUCAUGGGCUUCAAGGCCAAAAUGUUAUCUCUCAAGGUAGCUUCCAAAUACCUAAUUAUCCAAUACAUACAGCCACAACGCCAUCCCCACAAUUCCAACCUGUAACCAGAGUCAAUAUUAUCACAGCCGAUACGCCAAAUAAAAAGACUUUUAUUCCAGCCUCCGGUGGUAAUAUUUUAGCAUCAGCCAGUUUCACUGUAGGACAAAGUUCACAAGUACAAUCGCCUAACGAUAAUAAUUAUGCUCCUCAGAUUAAUUUGAGACCAAUAUAUCAGGAUAAUUCAUAUCGAGUGAUGAAAGAUGAUAAUAAUAUGCCGAAAACAAAGACUUAUCUACAAACUGCCAAUUUAAUACCAUUUUAUCAUCCGGUACCCCCUAUGAGUGCUACACCUUUGAAUCAACAAGCAUCGCAAAGUGUAAACAAUAUGAAUUUUCUCUUACCUAGAUUACAAGAACAAAAUGCCCAAUAUCAAAACGUUUUACAUCAAUUACAAUUGCAAUUACAGCAAGGUCAAGCUUUGAGAAAUAAUAAAUUUGCAAAUUAUCCGUAUCAAACCAGCGAUACCGUAGGUAGUCACACGAUCAGUAAUCUCAACAUGGUAACCGUUCCACAGAACAACAAUUUUCCACAUCUCCCAAAAGUUGGGACCAAAAAUGUCGAAAUUUUGAAUCCGAAUAUUAAACCAAGUCCAAUAGACACUACUAUAAUACAUCCUCUUCCAACUUUACAUUAUCCUAUUAUAACAACACCAAUUCCAAUUCUAACCACAACACCAAUAUCAUUGAGUACACCUACUCCAAGUUACAUCGAUUCAUUGACAGAUACAAGAGCUAAUCACCAAGGUUCAUCAACGAUGGACAUGAAAACAUCACAAAAUCAAGAAAAACCAUUCUUCAAUCCGAUCAAUUUCGUUCCUAACAUGGACGUUAUAAAAAAUCAAAAUGCUCUUAAUAGCAAAUUGCAAAAUCACGAGACACUUCAGCAACCUUUGAACUUGGUACCGUUGAUACCCGAUGGAAAUUUUUUCAAGCCAUCGUUGGCAGCCCAGAGUGAAUUGUUGACAAAGCCAAAAUUGUCGACGGAUUUGGAAAAGUACGCUGAAGAAAUGUUCAAGGAAUCAUUGAGAACGAUUUAUAAUUCUCAAAAAUGGAACAACGAUAGAAAAGUUCAACCUACGAAUAAUCAGACGCACGUCGAGCCAAACGAUAUCGUCGCAUUGAAAAACGAAUUGAUGAAAUUAAAGGCAACAUUGCCGACGGACGUGAAACAAACUAAAGAUAUUCUUGAGCCUUAUCAGAGCGAAAAUAAAAUUCGAACGACCGAGCCGGCCAAAUUAACGAGUCCUGGAAAUGAUAAGAAAAAACCAGAUUCAUUGUUGGCAACGUUAGAAGAAUUGCUAAAAGCACAAUCAUCGUUAGAACCUACAUACGCGCGUCAUGAACAUCGACACAAACACAGUCGCAAACGACCUUACUCGUCGAACAUGAAACAUUUAAGAGAUUUUUUAACACCACCGAAACCAAGCUCACACCAUUCGAACAGUCAUUAUCACGAUAAACUCAGCAAGAAGAGACCUAGUUCCUCACCGUCCAGAUAUAGUCAUUAUACUCAUAGUCACUUCGAUGGUCCCAGGCAUACAAAAAAAAAUGGGUUGAACUCAAAGUCGAUUAGUCCUGAAGCUUCGGCUAGUAAUAUAGAUGGAGUACGUGUCCUUGGUCGUCCUAGUUAUCCCGAUUUCAAGAAAAUCCCAUCGAUCGACGAUUAUCCAACGUUUACAACUUCGGCACCGAAUGUUGAUGAUAUUCAAAAAUUCAUUAAGGAACUUAAAUCUUCGAGUUCAACGGAAAGUAAUAAGUACGAUAUUAAUCAUCCUAGAAUGCAUAAUCUUCUUGCUUUGUUGAUGAAGAACAAACAAUUGCCAUCAGGCAAUGUUAAACCAAAUUAUUUUCGUACUAGCGAUCAAUUGCGACAAUUUUUCGAGGACGAGAAACGAAGGUUACAGGAACAAUUUUACAACGAUACUUUAAAAAGCUAUUUGGAAAAGAAUACUGAUAAUGUUUCACGUAUGAUGCCUAGGUCUAGUGUAAUAAGUGCCGAUAAAGUUUAUGCGAAUCCAGCCGCGUAAAUUUUAUGACAAUAAUUUUCAUAUAGGUGAAAAAUUAAAUUAGUCGAUUCAUGUAAUUACGAUGUCAUGUUUUUUACUCCAACGAUAUUUGCAUCCUUUGUACUUAUGUACAAACUAUACGCCUAAAAGUUAAGUAAUUGAAGUAUAUUAUUUUUAUAUAAAAAACAAAACAAAACAAAAAAAAAAAAGCAAAAAAAUAACAAAAAAGAAGAAAAAAAAAAAAAGAAAAAAAAUUCACCCAGUUAAUUUGUCUUUAUUUAAAGCCUACGAACGAAUAUAUCAUAUAUAAUAUAAUGUACUUAUAUAGUACAUUAUCGCUCAAUGAAAAUUUAUCCUUGCGGUUAGUUAUAACCAUUCUUAACUAUAGAAAUAUAUGUUAAGCGUUCUGUUCGGUGAAAAACGAUGAUAUCGUUAUUGUAAAUAUUAUUGUAAGAAAAAGAGGAAAAAUAUUAAACGUCACAUAAUUUAUAUAGAUUAAA